AUGCCGAAUGAGAAUGUUUGCGGGUUUGCUGUUGCACAAGCCAAUUAUUACCAUGAUGUGGUGAGAGAGUGCUCAAAACGAGGCGGAAUUGUGGCGAAAAUUCAGAAUGCCUUCGAGAAUGCAGUUUUCUACGCUUUGAUUAGUGAUGACUUUGACAAUCAGCCUCCAUAUAUUGGAGUUGAGAAGAAACCGAAUGGAAACUGGACGUACACUGAUGGAACACCUUUAACUUAUCAACAUUGGGCAUCGGAGGGUCCUUGUCCAUCCAAUUGGGUUUACUUCGAUCAGACAAAAUCGUGCUACUAUCUACAGAGUUUCAUCUACCCGGAUAGUCAGCACUGGAAAUACUGGAGUUUCACCGAAGCAGAAGCACUUUGUCAAGGAAUGCAUGGCCAUUUGGUGUCGAUUCAUUCAAAAACCGAGCACGAUUUUGUGAUGGAUCUCAUUGGCACGAACCUGAAUACAACCAAUCAUUUGGGCUUUUUAAGUCUAGACGGACAACACGUGUGCUGGUGGGACUGGAUGUGGACUGGCUUAGUUGGAACGGGUGCCAUAAACAAUGGAUAUUGGACUGAUGGGACACCCGUCGACUAUUCACCACCAAACAUCUACAAUCCGCAGGAAAGGAAUCAAACUAACAAUUGGGUUAUGAGUAACGAUCCGACAUGUCAGCCAUGGACAUGGCGAAGUUCUGUGGAAAGUGUUGGCCAACCGUCGAAGAAAGCUCGUUUACCAAAACGGCUAAUGAACAACUUUAUGGGAUUAAGUGGAAUCGAUGCGGAAAUUUUUGGGAAAAUCCUUGAAAAUCUCUCCGUUUACACU